AGCAACAGAAAGCAAAGGGAAAACAGAACGCGGAUCUGCAACCUAAGGCACAAGACUAGCAGUUGAGCCCAGUUCCUUCUAGGAUUCUAGCUGUGAUUGCAGAAGUAACGGCUAACACAAAGCUCAAACAAUUCUAGAGAAGGACUGAAGAAAGUGGGAGAGGCUGUAGAAAUGGAGCCCCAGAAGAUGAAUGUGGACCUGGAAUUGGCUGACUUAUUCCUUCACAACAAGCAAGAACAUCAAAAAGUAGAAUCACCCUGGUGCAUCAAAAUUCGGGAUAUAAACCAGAAAACCAUCAUCUUGGUGAACAACAGACUGGUGGCAACCCCUAAAAAUUCCAUUCUACCAGAGCACAUCAUGACUUUACUCCCAAAUCCUAUCCUAGAUUCAAAAAAACGGCCUGUCUUUAUGGGCCUCAACAAUAGAUCACACAUUCUAUCCUGCGUGAAAUCUGGUGAGGAUCUACCGCGACUAAAGCUAGUGAGAGGAGAUAUUAUGGACCUUUAUAAGAAGAACGAGGAAUCCAUGGAGUUCACUUUCUACAUCCAGGCCAAAGGCAGUGAAAUAACUUGCUGCUUUGAAUCAGCAGCUUAUCCCGGGUGGUUCCUGAGCACUUCUCCUGAGUCAAACAGGCCACUUGGUUUAAGCCAGCGAGGAGGUUCAGAUAUCAUUCUCUUUUACUUUGAAAGAAAGAUGGGUUCUUCUGAGUAG